UCCCAAUUAGCCUCAACAAUGGGACUUGGCUGCUCUAUCUCCAGUGCUGAUGAUAUUUCAUAGAAACCAUUAACCAGAACAAAACAAAACUGGAUAAAGUCACAAACAACGCCGGCAUCCUCUCCCCUUUUUCUAAAAGUUAUCCCUUCCACAGCUUAUUUCUAGGUAAAGUAUGGAUAUGAUAGUAUAUACAAACCAUGCCCAUGAAGGGUUUUGUUACUUUCACAGGGAGGGUUUAAGAAAUAGUCGCUUUUUAGAAGCUAGGGUUAAGGCUAAAGCUGUUGCUAAAGCUUCUAUGGGGUGCAAACUCGGGGGGUUCCAAAUGCGGAGGCGAUGUAAGGUACUUGCUGUUUCAAAGAUUGAAAGUGCUGGUGUUAAUGGUAGGUUGCAAGGUUAUGAAAGUUCCCAACAAGGGGGUUUUGGGAAUGGUCAUGUUUUGUCUAGUCCGUCGAGUUCCAUUAUUGAGGAAUCUGGCAGCAAUAAUCAACUCCGUAAAUUCGUUAGGAAUGGUGAACUGGAAGAAGGGUUUAAGCUUCUUGAGGGCAUGGUUUAUCACGGUGAGAUUCCUGAUAUUAUAGCUUGUACGAGUUUGAUUCGUGGAUUUUGUAAGAGAGGCAAGACGAGGAAAGCUACACGGGUUAUGGAGAUUAUCGAAGAUUCAGGGGCUGUUCCUGAUGUCAUAACCUAUAAUGUGUUGAUUAGUGGGUAUUGCAGGGCUGGGGAGAUUGAUAAUGCUUUACAAGUUUUGGAUCGGAUGAGUGUUGCUCCUGAUGUUGUUACGUAUAAUACAAUUCUGCGUAGCUUGUGUGAUAGUGGGAAGUUGAAGCAAGCGAUGGAAGUUUUGGAUCGGCAAUUGAAGAAAGAAUGUUAUCCGGAUGUUAUUACAUAUACGAUUUUGAUUGAAGCAACUUGCAAGGAUAGUGGCGUUGCACAAGCUAUGAAGCUUUUGGAUGAGAUGAGGAGUCGAGGAUGUAAACCAGAUGUGGUUACGUAUAAUGUUCUUGUUAAUGGGAUUUGUAAGGAAGGGAGAUUGGAUGAAGCAAUCAAGUUUUUGAAUAGCAUGCCAUCGUAUGGAUGCCAACCCAACGUGAUUACUCAUAAUAUUAUUUUGCGUAGCAUGUGUAGUACCGGCAGGUGGAUGGAUGCAGAGAAAUUGUUAGCUGAUAUGCUACGUAAGGGCUGUUCCCCUAGUGUUGUCACGUUUAAUAUUCUGAUUAAUUUCUUAUGCCGAAAAGGUUUAUUGGGCCGAGCAAUUGAUGUAUUGGAGAAGAUGCACAAACACGGGUGUACUCCAAAUUCCUUAAGUUAUAAUCCACUGCUCCAUGGGUUCUGCAAAGAAAAGAAGAUGGAGAGGGCGAUUGAGUAUUUGGAGAUAAUGGUGUCUAGAGGUUGCUACCCUGAUAUAGUGACCUAUAACACUUUGCUUACGGCAUUAUGCCGAGAUGGGAAGGUUGAUGUGGCAGUCGAGAUACUCAAUCAACUAAGUACCAAGGGUUGCUCGCCUGUUUUAAUCACUUACAAUACCGUGAUUGAUGGGCUGUCAAAAGUAGGUAAAACAGAUCAAGCUAUAAAGCUUUUGGAUGAGAUGCGUGCCAAGGGUCUAAAGCCUGAUAUAAUUACCUACUCUUCACUCGUUGGAGGACUCAGUCGGGAAGGAAAGGUUGAUGAUGCGAUAAAGUUUUUUCACGACUUUGAGAGAAUGGGUGUUAGGCCAAAUGCCAUAACCUAUAAUUCCAUCAUGUUGGGCCUUUGUAAGGCUCGGCAAACUGAUCGUGCUAUUGACUUUUUGGCUUAUAUGGUGAUGAGGGGAUGUAAACCUACUGAAUCUACAUACACCAUUCUUAUUGAAGGUAUAGCAUAUGAAGGCUUAGCUAACGAGGCAUUGGAGUUACUAAAUGAGUUGUGCUAUAGAGGAGUUGUGAAGAAAAGUUCGGCAGAACAGGUAGCUGUCAAGAUGUAGGCUACGGUGCAUGCCUUAUUUAGUUCUUCCGCAGGUGGCAAACACUAAGUCUUGCCACAUUUCUGCAUAAACUACAGUUUUACUUUGUUUUCUCCUCGCUUCUGGAUGAUAUCCUAGUGCAAUUUUGGUACAUAGCCAUGUAGCCUGUUGGAAUUCUAUUUUUGUACCAUCCUUUUACUCUAGAAUCGAACUUUCGUACCUGUCAUGAACAUUUGUUAUAUCCUUCUUUAAGCUUAUAUAUGCUUUUCGAUUUUCA